AUGUCAACCAACAAGAAAUCUUCGCACCAAGACCAAGAAGAAAAGCCUUUGAUGGCUGCUUCGAAGCUUUCAUCUUUGUUUGAAAAACCACCAUUACCAACUAAUGCGAGCAAUGGAGCGGGUCUCUCUUCGUAUCAGAACCAAGAGGCACCUGCUGUGCCGCCUGAAUUGAUAAGGUUUAUUUCUCUCGACAAGGAUGCCUCUUGCCAAGAACAGAUGGCCGACUGCACCAGUACAGAAAAUAUCAAGUCCACCACCAUUGGUUCUCUACUCUUUCUCCUUUAUCACAUUGUGUAUUGUCUCGCCCAAGCUUCGACCAUCACUCGCCCACACGCUGAUCACUCCAGUGUUGGCGUCAUGGCAAAAGUAGCCGCCAUUGGAACCCUGUUUUCUGGCCCUGUCUUUAUAUGGGAGCUCGGCGCUGGUGUUCCCGCCAUUUACCCUGCCAGUGAUUUGUUUCUCAGUCCCUUUCUCGCUCAAGUGGCAGCCGAUGUUGAUGCCAGUCUCUUCGAACACGGCCUGGAAAAUGAUGAUCGAGCAUUCUUGGCAACAUAUGGAGCCUUGAUUGGGCUGGGAAUGCUGUUCAGUGGUGUGCUCUGUAUCCUUGCGGCUCGAAUCAAGUUGGCAAACAUGGGCUCCUUCUUGCCCUAUUGUGUCCUUUGUGGAUUCUUCUCAACAAUUGGCGUUCUGAUCUGGUCCCUUGGAUUCUCUGUCGACACUGGGAUGAAGGUUGGAGAGUUGAUACAUUAUGAUUAUCAGCUGGAAGGCAAUGAAUCCUCAUGGAUGACUGUGUGGGGACAUGCUCUGCUUCAUCAUGUACCUUCGGUUGCUGUUGGUGUUGCCAUGUACAUUGUGGCACAACGAAACUCUCUCUACGUUAUUGCCUUGAUCUUUGCCACAGUUGUGAGUUCAUACUCCAUCCUUUGGUUCACGGGGACAUCCCUGGACGCUGCACAAGACAUGAACUGGUUUUUCUCGGCCAAAGACUUGCAAGACCCACCCUUUUUCAGUUCGGAAGACGAGGGAUCUGCAUGGUGGUGGUCUUGGACGGCUCCUGCUCCCAUGGGUGUGUGGGUCAUGAUGCUACAUGGAGACGUCCAUUGGCCUUCCUUUCGGGCCGGACUUGCCACCAUGUCUGCAUUGGUGUUCUUGUAUGUCAUUCGGUCCUCUUUGCAUGCAGCGGCUCUGAAGAAAAAUAUACCAAACGUAACGCGCGUUGCAGCACAGCAGCCACCAUCUCCCAUGAUCCGAGCAUCUUUUGAUCGAACAGCCCAUAUGAGCAGCAGGAACACAAUGGCUGUCAAAGAACCUUCCCUGGGCGAGAUAUUGGAAAAUGGAUAUGGAUACAGUCAACUGCUGGCGGCGCUCUCUGGAGGUAUUGUCACUGCUCCAGCACUGGGAUCCGCAUUGACUCUAUUCAAGCUCGGAUGUGAUGGGGUGGGUCCCCAGUAUGGUUCCAUCCUUUUAGUAUUGGUGUUCUAUCUUACCAACUUCCAGCUAGUACAAUAUAUUCCAAAACCAGCAGUCUCAUCCCUCAUGGUUCUGGCGGGCAUUGAUAUGCUGAAAACCUGGCUCGUCCAGUCCUACAUCAAAACCAAGGCAAAGCUGGAGUGGAUGGUAGCUCCAACGAUUGUUGUGCUGGCGUUUACUGUUGGGAUGUUGAACGCAAUCUUUCUUGGUGUUGCCAUGUCAACAUUUAUCUUUGUGGCAGAUUUCUACCGAGCAGGAACUGUGAAGUUCGUAGGAAAUGGGCUAGCUCUUCGGAGUACAGUGGAACGGGGAGUGCCAGAAACAACUUGGUUGAACCAAAAUGGUGAUUUGAUCCAGAUUCUAGUCUUACAAAACUAUCUCUUCUUUGGCAAUGCUCAAUCUGUUUGGCAGUAUGUGAGCACAUUCUUUGAAGACCCAGUACCCGACGGGAGAAGAGAUGGCGCCUUAUUGAACAUGAUGGGAAACCUCGGCAACGAAAUGCUGCCACCCAAGCCUAAGUAUGUGUGGGCUCUCGCCGAGCCUGAAGUCCAAGAUGUGUACGCCGGGAUCAGCCCAAGCCGAGCAUUCGCACCGGACUUGGAAUCUGCAUUGAUCAAAGCAGAAGACGCCCUCAUUAGAGAGGUCUCUGGGCUACGAGCAAAAGAUGAGUCGGAAUCUCGUGCCAUGGAUCGUGUUAUGUCUGAUCCAGGGCAAGGUUUUCUGCAGGCCCUAAAGAAAAUUGAUGAACAACAUGGCCUGGAUACAGCCCAUGAAUUGAAAGCUCUCUCACAGUACAUGAAACCCAUGGACUUGAAAGCCAACGAGGUGCUUCACUGGGAGAAUGAGAUUCACCAUGGUCUUUUCUUCAUUGAAUAUGGGCAGCUCCGAAUUGAACACGGCGCCGAUUACACAAUCUCUCCUUCGCAUCAAAAGACAUUCCCUAGGAUUCAUGAAGCUUCGCCUGUCGUGAAUCCUCUGUCAAACAAUUCACUUGGUCACCUUAGCGCUCGGUCCGGGCCUUGGGGUCUCCAAUCGGCCCUGCUGAAGAACAGUAUGAGAGGACAAUCUGAGAUGACUGAGCAAAAUUUCCGACUGGCCAGGAUCGGUCCUGGCUGGGUUGUGGGUAUGAUUGAAGAGUGCAGCGGAAUGAGACGGGCUGGUGUUUAUGUCUGUGACUCUCCUUGUCGAUUGCAUCACUUGCAGUACGACUCGAUGAAGCAUAUUGAACAAUCCGAUCCCAAGCUGAUGAUGAACCUGUAUAAGCUCAUGAGCAACGUCUCACUGAAGAGGCAGGAAAUGACCAUUGGUCAAUUAGCGCAAUUUGUUGCGAUUAUCCAAUCCCCCAGCUAUCCCACUGAACCGGAGACGAUGCGGUCUCUUGCAAGAGUAGGUUAA